AUGUCUGCAGGAAUAUUUAUUGGCACAAUCAUAUUUAUAGGUAUUGGAAUUGGAGUUACUGUAUGGCUUAAAGGUGUUGUUACUAAGGCAACAAAAAAUCUAAGUGAUCUUAAUGAUAAUUUAUUGUAAUAAAUUAAUAAUUGAAAUAGGCUCAUGUAUGUUUCAGUAAUUUCAGGUACUAUAUAAUUUUGGCUUUUAUGGUUUUGUAUGUAUAUGCAUUAACUCAAUCCUAUAAUAACACCUGUUAGAGGACAUGAAUGA